CUGCCGUUGAGUAUUUUACACGAUUGCUUUUAUGUUAUUUACACUUGUUUAAAUACACACAAAGCGUUGUUUUACUUAAAAAUAAACUCUUGAAGUCUUUAGUGAUAAAUUGAAUAGUUUUUAGACAGUGGCCGAGUUUUUUGUGUGAAGAAAUUGUGUUUUAACUGUUAGUAGGACGAACGUUUUGAUAUGAGUUCUCCACUCGCUGUUUUUGGCACUGUAGCUGCCGUAGGUUUGGGAGUGGUAAUGCUGCUUGUGGAUAUGGCUAUAAAAUAUAACAGAAAUUCGAAGCGUCGUAACCGUGAGCACCGUCAGCAAAGGCCUUCCAGUCCAGUGCAGAGUGAAAGGGUUGCUAGGACACCGGAGGACGAUAACUCAAGAAUUGUUCCUCUUAACCGUGAGUACCAUCAGGAAAGGCCUUCCAGUCCAGUACGGAUUGAAAGAGUUGCUGAGAACUGGAGGACGAUAACUCGAGGUAAUUAUAAUAUAAUGGUUAGAGAUUGUAGAGUUUUAUUAUUUGAAUUGAGUCAUUUUGAAGAAAGUGUUUUGUAA